ACGACAGUAAAUAGGGAAGUGGUCCAACGCUCAUCUCAGGAUUGUGGCUCCUGAACACGGUUAGCUAACAAGGCUAAUCUUUCUAUUCAUACAUUUAAGGAAAUAACGACUAACCUUUGAAGGAUUUCAGACAGGCUGAUGUGGAUUGUAUCUGCUCUAACUCAGCCCCUGCACCACAAUGAUUGAAGAUUUCGAGAGUCAUGAGGUCCGGUCCAGCGGAGAUCUGUGGUCCGAAAUCUGUUCAGGUCUACCCAAUGGGCGAGCAGAAGCAAUCCCGGAAAACAACAACAACAACAACACGGAGUUCAAAGACUCAUUCCAGCCAGCCGCACCAGUCAAUGGACAAUGUAACGGGACAAAUACCAGCAGCUCUUCUGCUGCCAAAUGGGAACCCAUGGAGGAUUCUGAGCUGUACAUAGCCAGUUUAGAGACCCGCCUAAAGAAACUAAAGGGCCAGUCCAGUGACGUGACCUCCAGGGACAUGUUGCGCUCCUUAUCUCAAGCGAAGAAGGAAUGUUGGGACAGAUUUCUGCACGACGCUCAGACCUCAGAGCUCUUCCAAGGAGGAGACAUGGAUGAGAGUGCAAUUGACAACUUCAAAAGGUGGCUGAUUCCUGAGAAAGUGGCCAUCAGCGCAGAAGAGCUGGAGUAUCUCCUGCGGCCGUCUCAGAAUAAGGACAUGGUUGAUGUAAACCAAACACAGAACGACGAGGAUGAAGACGCAGAGGCUGCAAGACAAAACACAGAGGAAGAUGAUGCUCACAGCCCAGAUAAAUGAAUGUGGUAGUAAUAGCAACACUAAAAGAAUUAAUUCUGUGAUCAUUCACUACGGCUGACUUGAGUGUCAUUAUGUAUAGCAGUGUUUCGGCCCCAGCUUUUGUUAACUGCGGUCAAUGAAACCAUUACAGCCUGUUAUCAUUCUCAGUAUCCCUGGCAACGGAGUGUUAAGUACUUAUUAACCCCAUGUGUUUUUUCCCCUCAACCAAAUCACUCCAUGAAAUAACAUAAGUGACAAUUUUACAUUAGACUGUUUGUCUGGUAGAAGUAGAAUUAUAAUCAUGCCUAUUAUGACUCCACCCACAGUGUCUGCCAUGAGACUGGGUCUUUAUUUACAUUUAAUGAAGAACCACAUGCAGCAAUGUUGUAUAUUAGACUCUGAUGACUUCAGCAACAUAUUAUCUUUCAGAGACAUGAUUUUUCUUCUUUUUUUUUUUUUUUUAAAUUGUGACAUCUAAGGCAGGAUUAUAUCCCUGAAAAUAUUGUAGCAUAUCUAUUUUUACCAUGUUGAUAUUACACGUGAUGUUUUACCUGUGUUUCAAUAAAAACACGUAAAGUUCA